AUGCGCUCCCUCUCCGUACUCCUCGCGGCCAUCGCCGCCGUCUCGGCCCAGCAGGUCGGCACCCAGCAGGCCGAGACGCACCCCAAGUUGACCUGGCAGAAGUGCACCUCGUCGCAGUGCACCGCCGUCAACGGCGAGGUCGUCAUCGACGCCAACUGGCGCUGGCUCCACGAGACCACGGGCACCGCCAACUGCUACGAUGGCAACAAGUGGACGGGCAAGUGCACCACUGCCGCCGACUGCGCGUCCAAGUGCGCGCUUGAGGGCGCCGACUACAGCGGCACCUACGGCGCCACCACCUCGGGCAACGCGCUCAGCCUCAAGUUCGUCACCCAGCACGCCUACGGGAAGAACAUCGGCUCUCGCCUGUACCUAAUGAACAGCGCCUCCAAGUACGAGAUGUUUACCCUGACGGGCAACGAGCUGGCGUUUGAUGUGGACCUGUCGCAGCUCGAGUGUGGCCUCAACGGCGCUUUGUACUUUGUCCAGAUGGACGAGGACGGCGGCAUGGCCAAGUACUCGACCAACAAGGCGGGCGCCAAGUACGGCACCGGGUACUGCGACGCCCAGUGUGCGCGUGACCUCAAGUUCGUCGGCGGAAAAGCCAACGUCGAGGGCUGGGUGCCGUCGUCCAACGACGCCAACGCCGGCGUCGGUCCGUACGGUGCUUGCUGCGCCGAGAUGGACGUCUGGGAGUCCAACGCCCAUUCCUUCGCCGUCACGCCUCACCCGUGCCAGAACAACGCGUACCACGUCUGCGAGAAGUCGGGCUGCGGCGGCACCUACUCGGCCGACCGCUUCGCCGGCGACUGCGAUGCCAACGGGUGCGACUUCAACCCGUACCGCAUGGGCGUCACCGGCUUCUACGGGAAGGGCAAGACGGUUGAUACGUCCAGGAAGUUUACCGUCGUCACCCAAUUCUCCAACAACAAGGUGCAGCAGUACUUUGUCCAGAACGGCGCCAAGAUCAACAUGCCCAACUCGACCAUCAGCGGCGUCUCGGGGAACGCCGUGUCGCCCGACUUCUGCGCCAGCCAGUUCAAGGCCUUUGGCGACCGCGACCGCUUCUCCGAGGUGGGCGGCUGGUCGAAGCUGAACGCGGCCCUGGGCGGGAAAUGGGUGCUCGUCAUGUCCCUCUGGGACGACCACUACGCCAACAUGCUCUGGCUCGACUCCGUCUACCCUCCCGAGAAGGCCGGCCAGCUCGGCUCUGCCCGGGGCGACUGUCCCACCACCUCGGGCGUCCCGGCCGAGGUCGAGUCCAGCCUGGCAAGCGCCACGGUCACGUACUCCAACAUCCGGUUCGGGCCCAUUGGGUCGACAGUCAAAUAA